AUGGCUGUUUUUUAAGUUGACUGUCUUGCGAGUGCCUGUUUGGGCAUGGAAUCAGAGUCCUGCACCCAAGCAUUCUCCCAGACCCGAGUAUAUUUGGACCAUAUUCGGAGCCGAGUCACACCAGGGAGUGCAGAUGUACAUGGAACUGGGAAGCGCGACUACCUGGUGGAUGCAGCGAAGCAGAUCCGUUUGGCUUUGGAGCGGGAUGUGAGCGAGAACUAUGAAGAGGCAUUCAAUCACUACAAGAAUGGCGUGGAUGUGCUGCUCAGUGGGAUUCAGGUGGAUCCGAACAAGGAGCGCCGUGAAGCUGUGAAGCGCAAGAUUACACAGUACUUGAAACGUGCUGAGGAGAUAUUCAACUGCCACCUACAACGGAAUUUGGGGAAUGGAAGUUCCACUAAUACGGGUUACAGCAGCCUUCGCUUUCGGCCAAUUAGGACACUCAGUGCACCAGUGGAGAACCUGAGGAACUGUAAAGUUGUCGGAGUAAUUGACAAGGUGCAGAUAGUGCAGGAUCCAGCAACUGGAGGGACCUUUAUACUGAAGAGCCUCCCCAAAUCCCAUGUAGAGACCCGUGGAAGACAGACAAUCAUCCCUCAUGGAAUCCCAUUCAUGGCUGAAUUGUUGCGCUACUAUGUGAGUGAAGACUCUAUCUUCCUUCUCUUGGAACAUGUGAAAGGAGGUACUCUCUGGUCCCAUCUUCACUCACAGUACCGUACCUCCAGUUGCUCCAGUAUAUUACAUCCAAAGUCCAGCUUGGCUUUGGAGUAUGCCAGUGAAGAAGGGCUCAAAGGAAGCCUGCAAGGAGUUGAUUCUAGGUCAAGGCAGAGUUGCAACAGCACUGGGCAGACAACAACUAGUAUAAAUCACCACACAUCCAGAUACGCUGAACAGUCGCCACCUCAGGAACAGUCACGCGACCACACACAUGCCAGACCCAGUAAUGAUUAUAGGUGGCAUAUGAGACCUGCCGUUGGAGGAAAUACUGUUGGGGGGAAGAAUUUAAGUGUGACACACAAUUUAGCUGGUGCUGCAAAAUCUACUAUCAAGCCAGUGGGCCAGGGACAUAGACUCUUGGUCAACAAGGGGCUAGCUUUGCUGUCACAUGACUCAUUUUGCAGCUCUGUACCGGAGAGAGAGACUUCUCAGCAAGACCCAAAACAAUCAACGGGUGAGAGAGCUUCUGUUCCUGUCCAAAAGGCAGCAAAAGGAAACAACUUGUCAAAGACAGAAACUCCUUGCCGCCGCAUGCCUUGGCUUAUACAUUCCCCAGCAACUCUUCCGAGGCAAAAGCAGGCAUGCUCUGGAAUUCUCUCACAGAAUUACUGCAGUCUGGACAACCAGUGGAGUGCAGCAGAAGUGAAAAAAGGGGGAAGUCAUGCCCAGGAAGAAUUGGUUCCUGACAAGGAACAGCACAAACAGCCAUCCCCAGGGCCAUAUGACCCAAGAGCAUGUUGGGCUUCCAGAAAGAAUGGCCCUGGAGCCUGGGGCAUCAAUGAGGAUCAGAUUCAGCUCUGGGCAGCAGAACUGCUUUUGGCUCUGGAGGGUCUCCAUCAACAAGGGGUGUUUUGCCAGGAUCUCAACCCACGGAACCUACUUCUGGAUGGCUCUGGCCAUAUCCGUCUCACAUACUUUGGCCACUGGACUGAAGUAGAGCCGCAGUGUUGCAGCCAAGCACUGGAAGAAUUGUACUGUGCUCCAGAGGUGGGUGGAAUUUCUGAGCUUACAGAAGUCUGUGACUGGUGGAGUUUUGGGGCACUUCUCUAUGAGUUACUGAGUGAAACGUCUUUGUCCCAGAAUCAUCCCUCAGGGAUUUAUCCUCAUACCCAGCUGUACCUUCCAGAAAGACUCAGCCAUUCUGCUUCAUCUCUUCUAUCAGAGCUGCUGAAGUAUGAUCCCAAGCAACGUUUGGGUUCUGGAAAAGACGGCGUGAAAAAGAUCAAAGCACACCCUUUUUUCAGCAGUAUCCAAUGGAACAAGCUGGUUGCGUCCUGAAAGCUGAACAAGGGGAGGGCGUGUGUGCAUGU